AUGGGUAGAGUCAUUCGGAACCAGCGCAAAGGGCGUGGAUCCAUCUUCACCAGUCAUACCAGGUUGAGAAAAGGAGCCGCCAAAUUUCGACAGCUCGACUAUUCAGAGCGACAUGGAUACAUUCGUGGCGUGGUGACUGAAAUCAUCCAUGAUCCGGGUCGAGGGGCACCCCUCGCCCGUGUCCAGUUCCGCUCGCCCUACAAAUAUGGCCUCAAGACCGAAACAUUCAUUGCCAACGAGGGACUCUUUACCGGUCAGUUCAUCUACGCCGGAAAGAAUGCAGCCUUGAAUAUUGGCAACAUUCUUCCAUUAGGUGCAGUUCCCGAAGGAACAGUCGUUUCGAAUGUGGAAGAGAAGACUGGCGACCGAGGCGCAUUGGGAAGAACUUCAGGCAACUAUGUGACUGUGAUCGGACACAACCCAGAUGAAGGCAAGACUAGAGUCAAGCUCCCCAGUGGUGCAAAGAAGGUUGUUCUCAGUUCCGCUCGAGGCAUGAUCGGCAUCGUCGCUGGUGGCGGACGUACCGACAAGCCAAUGCUCAAGGCUUCCCGCGCAAAGCACAAAUUCGCUGUCAAGCGCAACUCUUGGCCCAAGACUCGUGGUGUUGCCAUGAACCCCGUCGACCAUCCCCACGGUGGUGGUAACCAUCAGCACAUCGGCAAGGCUUCUACCAUUUCACGAUACGCAGCCCAAGGUCAAAAGGCCGGCCUUAUUGCUGCCCGGAGGACUGGUUUGCUACGUGGUACCCAGAAGACCAAGGAGUAG